ACCAAACACGUCCUUAUCAGUUGCGUAGCAGAGUAAGGUCAGAUCCUCCAAGACAGAGGAACCUCCUCUCCCAAACAAACCCAAUUCUCCAUCGCCCAAACAUCUAUCUCUGCUGUCUCAUCUGUCACUGUGGGUCCCACUCUCUCCCACCACCUUCACCAUUACUCUCUCUCUCUCCAUAAAACCCUUAACACAACGCUUCUCUUCUCUGAUCCAAAAAUCCUUCUUCAACCUUCUUCACCCUUCCAAGCUUCACACAGUGCAAAAACAACGUAACACACGUGAUGAGACAAUAGCUUCAGGUUUUUUAAGCACAUCAACAUGUUCUCAAAACUUCAUCCACAACACCAACCUUUUCAAUUCUCCCGGGAAUGUCAAACAUCCGAGGACGAUGACAGCCGGAAUAGCGGUGGGCCUAACCUCGCGGCCCAGAAGCCCGUCUCCGCAGGCGAUGGAGCUACAAUUGAAGUAGUGCGGCGGCCCAGGGGCCGCCCUCCGGGCUCCAAAAACAAGCCCAAGCCGCCUCUUAUUAUUACCCGCGAGCCGGACCCCUCCAUGAGUCCCUUCAUUUUAGAAAUCCCCGGCGGAAACGACGUCGUCGAUGCCCUAGCCCGGUUCAGCCGCAGAAAGAACACGGGCCUCUGUGUCCUCACCGGUUCGGGAACUGUCGGUAAUGUUACUCUCCGCCAACCCUCCGUCGCUCCCGCCGGCACUGUUACCUUCCAUGGCCGCUUCGACAUCCUCUCCAUGUCCGCCACCUUCCUCCUCCACGCACCCCCGCCGCCGGUCCCUCCCUCCACCUUCUCCGUCUCGCUCGCCGGACCGCAGGGGCAGAUCGUCGGCGGACACGUCGCUGGAAGGCUGCUCGCUGCUGGGACGGUGUUCAUCAUCGCCGCCUCGUUCAACAACCCCUCCUUCCACCGGCUCUCGUCGGAGGACGACGCGCAGAAUAACUCCGCGUCCGGCGGCGGUGUCGGCGAUGCGCAGUCACCCCCCGUCUCUGGUGGCGGCGCGGAGAGCGGACAACUUCCGGCGGAGUCGUGUAUGUACAGCUGCCACCUCCCUUCGGAUGUGAUUUGGGCUCCGACGGCUCGACCACCUUUCUGAUGAUCUUAUUUCGUAGCUGUUCUGUGAAUUUUGUUUCGUUGAUUGUGGGGAUUUUUGUUUCGCCAUUUUUUUUUCUUUCUUGAGUUUAUUUAUUAGUUGUAAUGUUGCUGCUAGCUACUUAUUUAGCUCUAGUUCUGAAUAGAUUACUCUGGUUUAGAGUUUUAGAAUAAUGCUUAAUGCAUGCGUUCUUAUUGUUUCAUCGUUGUUUUUUUCUUUCUUCACAUCAUUUAAUUCUUCAAACUUGCUAAGA